AUGUCGAUGCAUAGCCAGCCAACAGAACGAGUGCCUCCCAGAUCAACAGGCCGACUUCCAAAUUUGGCCAGACCACUCAGGAGACUGAAGCCAGCUCGCGGUAUAUACCGCGACAUACGUGCCCGUCUUCCGUACUAUUGGUCAGACUGGAAGCACGGGUGGAACUAUCGCGUUCUACCAGCUACCGCUCUCAUAUUUUUCGCGAAUGUACUUCCAGGAAUAGCAUUUUCCCUCGACCUCAUCGAGACCACCAACCAAUAUGGCGUCGCCGAAGUAUUGCUAUCCUCGUUCAUGGCCGCCUUCAUCUUCUCCGUCUUUGGCGCGCAACCUCUCUGCAUCGCAGGGGUCACCGGACCCAUCACCGUUUUCAACAAAACCAUUUUCGAGAUCAUCGUAACUGGCUCGGCUAAGAACCCACCCAACUACCUCCAUUUCAUGGGCUGGGUCUACUUGUGGAGUGCUAUACUUCACUGGAUCACGGCUGUCUUGAACGCAUGCAAUUACCUGCGUUACGUUACGCUCUUCUCAUGCGACACAUUCGGAUUCUACGUCUCUUGGGUAUACCUCGAGUACGGCAUCCAAGUCCUCACGCGCCAAUUCUCGAACCCAGAGACCAGUACCGCCGGUGUUCUCACCUCCAUUGUGCUCGCACUCAUCAUGCUUGGACUUGGAUUGGCGUUCCGUUGGGUGUCCGACUCGACGCUCUUCCAUCGUCACGCUCGCCGUUUCUUCGCGGACUAUGGCAUGCCCAUUGCGUUAGUUGCAACUACUGGCUGCGCCUAUUGGGGUCUAUUCAACAGGAGUGAUCCGCUCACACUUCCUGUCGGCGGAGCGUUCAAACCUGCCAAUGGGCGUAGUUGGCUGGUCAAGUUCUGGCAACUCGAUAGUCACUGGGUUGGUGUUGCCUUCCCGUUCGGCCUCGUGCUCUGGAUCUUGUUCUUCUUCGACCACAAUGUAUCCUCACUCAUGGCGCAGGGCUCCGAGUUCCCUCUGCGUAAGCCGCCAGGCUUCCACUACGACUUCUUCCUCCUCGGCGUGACGACCUUCAUCGCGGGGUUGCUCGGCAUACCGGCACCUAAUGGACUUAUUCCGCAAGCGCCCAUCCAUACAAGGUCACUCGUGGUCCUCGGUCGACCUCAAAGGGCGAAGCGCGAUAUGGAGGAAGUCGAGUUGAAUAGUGUGGAUCGCAAGGAGCCAAGUCGAUACGCUGAGCCAGCGCAGGAGGUGGAGCGGACCCAAGAGGGAGCAAUCAGUGCCGGCCCUUCGGAGAGCGCCACGCGCGCGCCAUCAGUCACCGGCGCCUCAAGUCAAGGAAGUCCAUCCUCUCCCCUCCAUGAUCAGUGGGUGGAAGUGCCGAUUGCUGUGGUGGAACAGCGCGUGAGCAAUCUGGCACAGGGCGCUCUGUCACUCGUGCUCUUAACCGGUCCAUUCCUGCAUGUGCUUGGGCUCAUCCCGCGCGGGGUACUCGCUGGUCUCUUCUGGUAUAUGGGCCUCGAUGCACUCGCCGCGAACGGUAUCACGAAGCGCCUAUUCUUCCUGCUCAGUGAUAGGAAGCGCACACCUACCGAUGAACCACUACGGCGUGUGCGCAAGAGCCGCAUCCUCCUUUUCAUAGGAGUCCAGCUCAUAGGAUUCGGCGCAACAUUUGCUGUCACUCAGACUAUCGCUGCCAUCGGCUUCCCUGUGAUCAUCGCGUUCUUGCUCCCCCUACGCACGUUGAUCAUUCCCCGGUUGCCCUUUACGACAGAGGAGCUCGCCAUCCUAGACGGCCCGACUGCAUCACCUUUUACGAUGGAGUCUGUCGGCGGAGGGGCAAUAUGA